AACACGUAUUCAAAAAUAUAUUCUUUAAACAAGCAAGACAGGCCAAUCAAAUUAGAAAAAAAUAACCAUAAACAAAACAGUAAUUUUAGCAGUGCUAACAAUAAGUCAGUCAGUCUAUGCACAUCGAAAACUCCCUCCAGAAAACGACCGCCAAAACCCACCAUUUACUCCGCUCCUCUCCGGCGACAGGUCGCCACCACUCACCGCCAGUAUUCUGGAGAGAGAGCUCAUAUAUAUAUAUACACACAUAUAUAUAUAAUAAUAGAUGAGGAAGGAAAGUUGUGCUUUUUUAGAGAGAGAAAGUAAAGGGAAUUUUUAAUAAUUCUUAUGGGAUUUAGUAGCGAUAGCAAGCCUUGUAUCGGAGGAAUCGCUGGGAGUUCGAUCGUCCUACGUCCGAUGCAAUGAAAGUUUCUUCUCGUUUCUUCGUUCAAUUCAUUCUCUUGCUCUCUGUUUUCUCAACUCCAAACGAAGUUCUGAUAGUUGAAGCAUUCACUGGAACUUAUGGAAUAAAUUACGGGAGAAUUGCUGAUAACAUCCCCUCUCCUGAUGAAGUUGUUACACUACUCAAAGCCGCAAAGAUAAAGAAUGUACGAAUUUAUGAUGCGGAUCACAGUGUCCUCAAGGCAUUUAGCGGAACUGGGCUUGAUUUAGUGGUGGGACUUCCUAACGAAUACUUGAAAGACAUGAGUACUAAUGCAGAUCAUGCCCUGACUUGGGUCAAAGAAAAUGUGGAGGCAUUCCUUCCUCAGACACGCAUCCGUGGGAUUGCUAUAGGAAAUGAAGUAUUGGGAGGGGGUGAUCAAGGAAACUGGGAAGCUUUGAUGGGUGCUGUUAAAAACGUUUACAAUGCUACAAAAGAGCUUCGGUUAGCCGAUGUAGUUCAGCUUUCCACUGCACAUUCACAAGCAGUUUUUGCUAAUUCUUACCCUCCAUCUUCGUGUAUUUUCAAAGACACUGUCGUUCAAUACAUGAAGCCACUGAUGGAGUUCUUCUCACAGAUUGGAUCUCCUUUCUGUUUAAAUGCUUACCCAUUUUUGGCCUAUAUGGGUAAUCCAGAUGAAAUUGAAAUAAAUUAUGCACUUUUCAAGUCCAACAAGGGAAUCUAUGAUCCAAAAACCGAUCUGCGUUAUGAUAACAUGCUUGAUGCUCAGAUUGAUGCAGCCUAUGCUGCUUUGGAAGAUGCUGGAUUCAAAAAGAUGGAAGUUAUUGUUACGGAGACAGGUUGGGCUUCUCAUGGAGAUCAAAGUGAAGCUGCAGCCACUGCUGACAAUGCAAGGACUUACAACUUUAACUUGCGUAAAAGGCUUGCCAAGAAGAAGGGAACCCCAUUGAGGCCAAAGACUACAUUGAAGGCAUAUGUUUUUGCGAUAUUUAAUGAGAAUUUGAAGCCUGGUCCCGGUUCUGAGAGGAAUUUUGGACUGUUUAAAGCUGAUGGGAGCAUUUCAUAUGAUAUUGGAUUUGAUGGACUGAAAUCUUCAUCUGCAGCUUCAUCUUUUGGUUCUUUGAAGCUUUUCACCAGACUGCCAAGCAAAGUCUACGCACAUCAGAUCUCUUUGAGAAGCAGUGGAAAACAAAUUCAGACAUUUGUGCAACUACAACAACCAAACCUUUUCCCAAUUACUUGGGGAAAUUCAGACAUUUGCGCCCGAAGGAUAAAUUCCUGCACCAAAUUACUAGUAAAAUGUCAUGUAUAUUACCUACAUGCAACAACAAAAAUCUCUCUUUCUUGAAUGCAUCUUAUUUCUCUAUAAGCCCUUCCCUUGACCUCCCCCAAUGGAUCUUCUUCAUUUCCACAUCACCACCCACUCACCCAGUGAUUCACUGCACUAUUUUUCUCCAGAUGUUUUAUAUAUAGAUUUCUUUUUCUCGAACCAAAUCUUAUUAGAACAAAUUUUCCAUAUAUAAAAACCCAAGGAAAAUUGAACACUUUUGACUAUUCAACCUCAUUUGAGGUGCUGCCUAGAUUUGUAUGUUUAUUGUGUGCCUACUAUUAUCAGUCCCUAUGGCACUGUCUAAGAAUGGAAGUGGUGUGAUAAAAUAAGGGUUUCGAUCAAGGAGAGGACUUGGGGAAUAAACACCUGCAAACACUCGCGCAUGUAAUAUUUAUUUAUUGCCAUGUUCUCAAUUUGUCCUGGUCCCGUUUUGAAGAACAAUAUAGACAUUUUGAUGGCUUUUUCCUGCAACCUCAUCUCAGGAACAUGGCACAAAGAAAAUCGGUCUAGUUUGAGUGGAUAUAUGAAGAUAUAUUUGGUUCUGAGAUGCAAUCCUGUUUUCACCAAUCACCUUUAUACAAGUUCUCCUUUACUCCUGCUGAUACAUUCUUUUGUUGGUCUCACCUGGUGCUUUGGGGCUAAUUAGAAUUGAAAAUAGCAAUCAAUAAUGUCAUUACAUUUUCUUCAUCUGGUGCAUUGGAAUUUGAGGUAUCUUAUGUUGUGGAACAUUCAUGGAACUGAUAUCUUUUCUCCAGUAGGAAAUGUUUUGCCAAACUAGUUUAUUGGGAUCCUUGUUUGCUUUUAUAGAAAUUAAUGUCAGAAGUUUCUCCAUGAGGAAUAAGAUUAUCUGUUUUUCACAAAUGACUCGAGCACCAUUUUAUUAAGAACAUGCAACUACACUUGGGAAUUGAAGAAAUCUAUCAAUCAUUGUUGUUUGGCAAUUUCCAUGAUGAAAUGUGUGCGCUUAGCAUGAAGAAGUGCAAGAACGUUUUGUAAACUCUCCAAUCAAUUAGAACUGAAACGAACUAGGUAUCAUUAAUGACUUAUGAAACAUAGUUUUUCACAUUUCUCAAUUAUUGACAUGUUUUUUUUUUUUUCGUU